UGGUCAUUAUCCAAUAGUAACUCGUGAGAAAAAUACAUAUGACAUUAUCACCGGGAGGGCUGUUACACUAAAAUGCAUGAUUGACACUCCACAUCACGAAGUAGAAGUUAUUCAAUGGAAGAAAGAAAAUGUAGAAAUAAAUGAUGGAAGCAAAUACGUCAUUUCUGGAAAUGCUAUGUACAAGUUAAAAGGAAAUACAACUUUAACAAUUAAUAACGUACAGAGUUCAGACAUUGGAGAUUACUUCUGUAAUGUAGAAAACAAGGACGGUAUGACAUAUAGUGAAGCUAUUACUCUUAAUAUACAUGCACUUCAUCUUCCAUCCAUAUCGGUACAAACAACAUACAACGCUAACAUCGGAGACUCAGAAACAUUUCAAUGUACAAUUUCAUCGCCACAACAUGUUAUUACUGAUAUUUCUUGGACUAAAGGAUCAGUAAAACUCUCUGCAGGCACCAAAUAUACAAUAUCAAAUAAUGGCUUAAGUCAGAAUAACGGAGUGCCGACACUUACAAUUAAUAAUAUACAGUCUUCCGACAGUGGCAUAUACAAUUGUUAUGCUGACAAUCAGGACGGUCAGAAUAAAAGUUUAGAUAUAAAUCUACAUGUAAAGGAACAUAUUCCAAUAGUAUCCAUACUACCAACAUCAAUAGCUAACACUAUCAUCGGAGGUUCCGUGACAUUAACAUGCACAAUAACAUCAUCAGUGCAUCCACUUACUAGUGUUUCCUGGACGAAAAACAUUGCCGGGGCAUCACAGAUACUUUCAACAGUUCUUUUAAAAUACACAGUAGUUACUGUUGGAUUAAAUCAAAAUAGUGGAACUUCAACUCUCUUAAUUAAUGAUGUAUCGUCUUCAGAUGAAGCAAAUUACUUUUGUAUUGCUGAAAACGAAGAUGGAGUUGCCAGUUCAUCUACUACUCUUCAAAUGUCACCACAAAUAACAACUAAAGAAACGACAACAGAAAUAACAACUGAAGAAACGACAACAGAAACAAAAACUGAAGAAACAACAACACUUCAAAAGACAUCCACUGUAACUGGAGGUUCUUGUACAUGUCAUUCUGAAACUGUAUGCACCGCCUUAAAAGUAUUUAGAUGGGCUUACCUCAAGGAUAGUAACCUAACAUUUGAGGAAAUGAAAGAAGAAAUGAAAGAAUACUUAGACGAACUAAAAUCUAAUUUGACUGUUGACAAAAAAACAACAACAGCUGCCAUUAGACGAAAGAUAUCGGUACGUGACCUCAGAACAUCUGCAGUUUCAUUAGGUGCUUCGGGGAUAGUACUACUUAUUAUACCGACUGUUUUCAUUUUUACCCUGGAUUUAACAAGAUUUAUACAGUACAUUCAAAAUCGGAAAAGAACCAAUAAAUACAAAUAAAUUUAAAUCCAGUGUCAAUGUAAAUGUGCUUUUGUUCAUAUUACAUCGUUAUAUUUGAUCGUUUAGGAAUGUUAUUUCUUCUAAGUUCACGCAAAAGAUGGCAUUCUGUUCAUGCUUUAAAUCAAUAUCUUUUGUACAGGUUAGAAAAAGUUCUAUAACCUUGGUAUCAGACUGAAUGUUGUUAUGUACCGCUUUGCAUGAUGCAAAUGCAUAUGGAACUAUUAUUGUUAAUCAACUAAAAUUAUUUGCCUUCUAUGAAAAAAAUCCUUUUAUAUUUCGAUGUUUUUAUUUAAGGAUAUGUCGUCUUUGUGACAGAUAUUUAAAGUUUGAAUAAUUUUACAGAUUGCUUGUCUGGAAUCGACAACUGGUGAAAUAUUUGUUAUAAAAGUAUCUUUUAAUAUCAUUUUUAACGUUUCCCUUUUUCAAUUCGUGUUUUUCUGUAAAAUUAGUAC